CUCAUAUGAUUGAACACCGAGGACGGAAGGAUCGUUUGUUCUAGCAUCCCCAGGAACAGCGACUCGUCACGAGGGUACCUGUCAGAGGCUAGAUUAAGUCACAAGAUAAAAAAUCAAAAUGAAGGCGAACUUCUUCGGAGCGGUGAUUCUGUGUGCAUUAUCACUGACACAAGGAUCAGAAUAUAAGUACACAUAUGACAACAACGAAACCUGUAUUGAUGUGAAGAUGGAUGUUAUGUUUACUCUGAGUAAUGGAAAUGAAACAGUAAAAUUUGAUGGAAAUAAUUUCACUGUGACAAGCGGGGAUUGUGCAACUUUAGGAGAAUAUCAGGCAGUGUUACAUCUGAAAAAUUCAAAUGAAGAUUUGUUGACCUUGACUUUCAAUGCUCAAACUGAUUUAUCAGUGAACAUGAGUUCGAUGUUUACAUUUGGUCCAUUUGAAUUCUUUCCAGGAACACCCAUAGCAACUGCAAUAAGUUUGUUGGACACUGGAGACUUAAAACUUGGAGAAGACACCAAGCUAUACCGGUGUGAAUCCUCCCAGAGAAUGACCUUGACUGGGAAGCUGGAAGGCAUCACUUUUACAAUGUACAUGGAUAUGUCUAACGUACAGAUUCAGGCCUUUAAUAUAAAGAAUGGAACCCUCAGCUCUGACGUGUUUGUGUGUAGUGCUGAUCAGAUGACAUCUGUAGCACAAGAGACAACAAAGGCGACCUCAGAACCCACUAAACCAACAACAGAACCAUCAGCAUCUAAUGUAACAACAGUGGGUCCAUCAAAUGUAACAACAGUGGGUCCAUCUAAUGUCACAACGGAGGGCCCCACCACUGCACCCACAUCUAUGGCCCCCACCACUUCCCCAGUUCCUUCAUUCCCUCCAAUCUCCACAUACGAAGUCAUGGAGAACUCCACAGCCUGUCUCAUCAUGGAGGGAAGCUUCCAGCUAAAAGUGACUUACACUACAAGGGAUAAUACAACUACCAAUACAGUUGUGAAUGUUCCAGUGAGCAGUAAUGUCACUGUCACAGGAACAUGUGCCAGUGGAAAUGACAACAGUUCCAGUCUCACUAUCACACCAAAAGAUGGAGAAAUUAAAUCCUUAACAUUUAAUUUUGAAAUCAUGAAUGGAAAAUCUAACAUUAUAUCUUGGUUCGCCGAUGUGAAGAUCCCAGAUGCCAUGGAAUCUGAGAUCAAUGAAACAGUGAUUCAAAAUGUGGAUUUGUUAAGUCCAAAGUUAUAUUACAAGUGCAAAAAAGAAGGAAACUUCUCGGGCAAUACUCUGGCUUUUAUGUACAACUAUUUACAAGUGCAGGCCUUUAAUGUGGAGAAUGGGAAUUUUUCAAAAUAUGGAUAUGACUGUGCAGCUGAUGCUCCAGAUGAGCCGGCUCCAGGGAAACCCCCAGUUGAAACAUAUUUUGCGUCUGAUGGAAAAAAGAAUUGUGUUGUAUUUAAGGGAGGCAUCCAGUUCCACAUUCCUUAUAAUUCAACAAAGGGGAAUACAGUAGCAGUGAUUUUAGUCCCAACUAACGCCAAUUUUAGUGGUGAAUGCGACACAACUCUAAAUGGAUUAUACACUCAGGAGUUGACAAUCAGCUUUUAUGAAACCUGGGAAUUAAAAAUGUACUUCUCAUCUAACAAGAAGCAAAAUAAGACGGAUCUAUUAACAGCUGACGAGGGCGUGGGUAACUACGACAUCUCACAGAUUGAACUGACGUUUGACUACAACAACAACCUAUUUAUGAAUGUUGACGACAGCAUUGUUGGUAGAACUGAGACAGUGACUACCAACCAGACUUUCCUGUCAACAUCUUCAAGCAAGAGCUACAUGUGCAACAAAGACACCACCUUUGCUCUUGAGAAUGGAUUGUCUAUGGUAACCACUAAUCUUCAGUUCCAGGCUUUCAGAACUACAAACACAACAGAUUUUGAUGCUGCCACUGAAUGUGCAGGGGAUGAGGAGACUAACAGCAUUGUACCAAUUGCAGUUGGAGCUGCGCUAGCUGGACUGGUCAUCAUUGUCCUGAUAGCUUAUUUGAUUGGACGAAAACGAAGUCGCUCUGGAUAUGAACAGGUGUAAAAAUGACAUUAAUGCAGAAAUUCUUCUUCUUUUUUUUUUAACAAUUUACAAAUUUAAUUUUUUUGUUUUGAAAUAUGUACAUUUAUAUCUCUAAUUAUAUUUUAGAUUUGUCCCAAACAUACUAAAAUAUAACUAUGAAUAAAUUAAAUUUUGUUUUUUUAAUAAUCUCAACAAAUUAAAAAAAAGAGAGUAAAACAAAUUAAAAGGCUUUGAUGUACACUAAAUACUCAAAUUUUAAAUUUAUUUUUUGUAUUUAUACACAAACCUAAUAAUAUGAACAUUCCAAUGAGGAGGUUAGUUGUAUAUGUUUAACAUUAUGAAUGAAGUACAUGUGUACUAAAAUUAAAAUGUUUUGAAUGAGAAAUUCUGUAUAUUCUUUCCAUCCAUGAUAGAAGUUCAGAUUUUAUUUAAUUUUUACCAGGCCAAAUGUUGAUAUGAAUAUAAGCUAACUUUGAAUAUAUAUUCAUGGAAAGAAAUGAUAUGCAAGAUGUCAUACUUGUAAAAAAUUCUAGAUCUUGUUAAAUUAUUUCAUUUAAAUUCUUGGUUUUUGCUUUAGAUGGAUAUAGUAAGGAUUUAAAGUUUUAUACAUGUAUUAGUCCAAGCUUUCCUUUAGUCCAGGCUUCAAUUUUUUAAGAGGGUUUUGGUAGAAAUAAUUUAAAAAUUAAAAAAAAAAAAAAAAAAAAAAAAAGCAGGAGAACUUCAAAAUUGGUAGCUAUGGGGGAAAAUGAUAAAAAAAAACCCAGCCAUUUGUGUCAUUUAUUAUUGCACACUUAAGAAGCAUGCUAUAAGUUAUUGAUGUUUUCUGAUGCUCUAUGAUACAUUUUUCUUCUUUUUUUCUUCUUU